AUGGUGACGAUACAGAAGUUUCUCGCUCAGCUGCAGAAGCUAUGUCAACCUGGCAUCAGAGUACACGUCGUGGGCGUGGUCUUGCUGACCAUCGUUAUGCUGGGUUUCCAGAGCUCGACGUUCUUCCCUGGAAACGGUUCCCUGCAUGAUCAUGGGAGGGGGAUCGUACCCAACGUGUCCUGCUCUGGACCUAGCGACACGAAGAGCCCCGGAACAGAGGAGUCCUCUGUUCCUCAUCUCGUCUCUGCACCGGUCGAGAAUAUCAGCGCAAAGGUCAGCCUGCGAAUGGAGAAGGUUGACGUCUCAGGCGGAACCUCUCUAAAGCCGGCGGGCUCUCCCGUUGACCAACGAAAGAAGAUGCGAACGAAGAAGAGAAAAAUGAAAGAGCCUGACUGGACGGAGGACAUGAACGUUCGGAACUGCACGCGGGAGAAAGAUCCUCGGAGGAGGAGAAGGUGGGCGAACAUACCCGUACGGUCGAUUCAAGAGAUGAACCAGAUGCUGGUGAGGAAUCAACGUUCUUCAUGCACAAAGGUUAGUAUCCCUGGGAUGAUCAAGAAGAUUUGGAGAAGAUUGCGUCAUCUUAUCGUUUCAUUAACGUGCUGCUGCAGGCUCCGGAAUGGUCUUCUCCGAUUGAUCAGCAAAUUCUUGAAGCUAGGAGAGAGAUUCUCAACGCCCCGAUAGUGGAGGACGACGAGGAGCUCUAUCCACCCAUUUACCGUAAUUUCUCCACCUUCAAAAGGUAAAGUCGGCGAGCACUGAAACCUCUCUUGCACUCAUCUCUGUUCUCAGAGGAACAGAGGAGGCCGCGAUUCAUUAAAAACAGACAAAUCUUCUUUUCUUCAGGAGCUACGAGUUGAUGGAGAAGAUGCUCAAGGUGUAUGUCUACAAGGAAGGGGACAGGCCCAUCUUCCAUGAGCCUCUCCUCUCCGGGAUCUACGCCGCGGAGGGCUGGUUCAUGAAACACAUGGAGGAGAACAAUCGGUUCCUCGUCGACGAUCCCGCGAAGGCCCACCUCUUCUACAUGCCCUACGGCUCCGCCACGCUCCGCUUCAAGCUCUUUGACCCUGUUAUCCGUAACAAAGGAAUUAUGAUCGAUCGUCUUCAGACCUACGUUUCCACGAUCGCCUCCAAGUAUUCCUUCUGGAACAGGACCGGGGGCGCCGAUCACUUUUCCGUCGCCUGCCACGACUGGGUACGCUUCCUCUUCUAACAUGGCCCACCAGCAGUUCUCCACCGUAGAAGAGAUUCUGACUUUGUCGAGGCUUCUAUCAGGCAUCGUUGAUCAAGUACAAAACGAUGGGGGACUCCAUCAUGGCCAUCUGCAACGCCGAUGUCAUGGGGGCCUUUGAGCUUGGCAAGGACGUGUCCAUUACGCUGACGCCCGUGCGGAACGCGAAGAACCCUCUGCAGAACGUGGGUGGCAAGCCGGGCCGGAACAGGGACACCCUCGCCUUCUUCGCGGGGCAGCCCUCUCACGGCUACGUGCGCCCGUUGCUGCUGCAGCACUGGGGGAACGGAGACCCCGACAUCAAGGUCUUCGGGUCGCUCCCCAAAGGGGGAAGGACCUACGCCGAGCACAUGAAGAGCAGCAAGUACUGCCUCUGCCCCAGGGGAUUCGAGGUCAAUAGCCCCCGGUUGGCGGAGGCCUUCUUCUACGAGUGCGUUCCGGUGAUCAUCUCCGACAACUUGGUGCCUCCCUUCUUCGACGUCCUCAACUGGGAGGCCUUCUCCGUGGUGGUGCCGGUGAAGGACAUCCCUCGGCUGAAGGAGAUCCUCCAGUCUAUCCCCAGGAAGAAGUACCUGGCCCUUCAGGCCGGGGUGAAGAAGGUCCAGCGGCACUUUCUCUGGCACAACAAGCCGGAGAAGUACGAUCUCUUCCACACGACCCUCCAUUCCAUCUGGUUCAACAGGGUCUUGCAGUUCAGGGACCAGCAGACAGACGAGAUCUCGUAG